AUGAAAGAAUAUUUUUGGGCUGGAAUGAAGACCACACAAAGAGUGGAAAGCAUAGAUAGCUUCUUCGAUGGGUUUGUGAAUUAUCAAACAAAGCUUUUUGAAUUUCCACUAAAAUAUUCAAUAGCUCUAAAAAAACGUGCACGUGACGAAGCUGAUGCUGAUGCAAAUUGCUCUAAAUAUGUGCGGAGAUUGAUUAGUGGAUUCGAGGUUGAGAAACUUUUUCAAAAAGUGUACACCGACACUAAGUUCCAAGAAGUGCAAACAGAAUGUGCUCGGAUGAUGUACUAUUUUUGUCGGGAGGAAAAGUUCAUUAGUGAGACAGUUGUUCAGUAUAUUUUAGAGGAUCGUGUGUGGAUUGUUCCAAAAGGGAUGAGCGAGGAGAAGCUUACAGAUCCCAGGCGAUUUUUAUCCACAACUUUCAACAAUGUCACGAAGGAAGUGGUGUGUGAUUGUAAGAAGUUUGUGACUGAUGGUAUUAUGUGCAAACACAUGUUUAGAAUACUCGAUCAAAAUCACGUUUUUGAAAUUCCGGAAACAUACAUUGUCUAUAGAUGGCGUAAGGACAUAUCAAGGAAACACACCCGUGUCAAGGUAGAAUAUCAUGAUCCUUCGGAGAGUGUCGAGGUUAAGAGGUAUAACCGUCUUAUGACCGCAUUUGAAGGGCUAUGCGACGAGGCAGUAAUGGUGAACGAAGAAACCGUAGAAUUAGUCCUACAAGGUAUUAAUCAAAUGAGGGUGCAAGUUGAAGGGCUCAAGCAGAAGAAGCUAAGGAUAGGGGGACUCAUCAACCUUCGUCUGGCUUUCGCAACAUCAGGAAAGUCGAAACUUCCGGUGUUGCGCAAUCCAAACGUCAUGCAAAACGAAUCAAAUGACCACCGCAUAUUGAAGGGGAAUGAGUUACUCAGUCGUAACACUUUGAACUGGUGUGAUGGAGAGUCACAAUCUUUCUAA